CCAGUUAGUCAGCCUUGCGCAGUCGAUGCGAACGGACGCGUCGCUCUGAAGAAAAAUUGAGAAAAGAAUUGCAUAUAGUAAUUGAGCCUAUUGAGCAAGCGAAACCCCUGGUGACCGCGUGUGAACUCGAAACUUACGAUUAUAACAGACAUAUUUAAAAUGGUCUUAAACGGCAUGCCCAUCACAAUGCCAGUACCAAUGCCAGUGCCUAUGCCAGUGCCCAUGCCUGUGCCCAGUCCACCGGCCACCAAGUCCCGCGUGGCCAUCGACUGGGACAUCAACGACUCCAAGAUGCCGUCGGUGGCGGAGUUCGACGACUUCAACGACUGGUCCAACGGACACUGCCGGCUCAUCUACUCCGUGCAGAGUGAUGAGGCCAGGAAGCAUGCCAGCGGUUGGGCCAUGCGCAACACCAACAACCACAACGUGAAUAUCCUGAAGAAGAGCUGCCUGGGAGUGCUCCUCUGCAGUGCCAAGUGCAAGUUGCCCAAUGGGGCCAGUGUGCAUCUCAGGCCCGCGAUUUGCGACAAGGCCAGGAGGAAGCAGCAGGGCAAACAGUGUCCCAAUAGAAAUUGCAAUGGACGCUUGGAGAUCCAGGCCUGCCGCGGCCACUGCGGCUAUCCGGUGACCCACUUCUGGCGCCGUGACGGCAGCGGCAUCUACUUCCAGGCCAAGGGCACCCACGAUCACCCACGGCCCGAGGCCAAGGGAUCCACGGAGGCGAGGCGGCUUUUGGCCGGAGGACGACGUGUGCGCAGUCUGGCCGUGAUGUUGGCCAGGGAAUCAGCACUGAGCGACAAGCUGAGCAGCCUGAGACCCACAAAACGGCAAGCCAAGACUCAGUCGAUGCAGGAGAGCAAGCGCAGGAGGAUGGGAGCUGCGGAUGUGAUCCCAACCAAGUCAGUGGAGUCAGUGGAGGCACCCAGCUAUCUGCCCACAUCGACGCCCACACACAGCAGCAACUUCAAUCAGAGUCAGGGAUCGUAUGUGGCCGCAGGACUGGGAUCAGUGAGCAGUCAGUGGAACGGAGAGAUUUACUACGAAACGGAGGAUCCAUUCUAUGCCAAUGGCAUGUACUCCUAUGACAUGCUCCACUCACCACUCUCCGCGCACAGCUCCACGGGCAGUUAUUACCAGGAGAACAGGGCGCAACAGCAACUGCAGCACUCGCAAUACCAGCAGCAACUCUCUCCGCAGCAACAUGUGCCCGUCAGCUAUGAUCCCAGCCAGCCAAUCUCCUCCAGCCUGCAGUGCGGAAUGCCCUUGUACGAAAGCUGCGACGAUACGUCCAGUUUGACCAGCAGCUCGGGCUACAGCUCCGAGGAUUAUGGCUACUACAAUGGAUACCUACCCAACUCCCUGGACAUGAGCAACGGCAGCCAAAGCCAGAAUCCCAGCCAGGACGGAAGUUUCUACACCACCAGCUCGGAGAUCUUCAGUGUCUUUGAAUCGACUCUCAAUGGCGGCGGCGUGUCCAGUGGCGUGGAUCUCAUCUAUGACGAAGCAACCGCCUACCAGCAACAUCAGCAACCGAGCAAUUUCCUGCAGCUCGCCAACUACCAACAGGAGCCGCAGGAUCAGAUGCACACCGGCGACUACUACUACAGCAACACGGGUGUGGACAACUCGUGGAACAUUCAAAUGGACGCGACAUAUCAGCCACCAGUCACCAGCACGGAUCCCAUCUACUGCUAGGGGAUCGGGUUAAGAUCUCUCAUCGCAGCCAUCGCAACUACUAUUACUGAGCCACUCAAGCGUUGUUCUAGUCCCUAGUUGAUUGAUUUGCAUUCAUGUUCCCAUUGCUUGUUGGUCUUAUUAUUACAUAUAUGAUAUAUUGUAUUGAACGUUUCUAGUUUUGUACUUUUGUACUUGUUUCCCCAGCUAUUCCAAAGUUUUAGAGCACGUAAGAGUAAUAGUAUACUUAAGCACAU